CGGGUCCAUCCUAACCCUUCUGCCCACUACACACACUGCAGCUCACAGGCGCUCGGGCCUCCACACCGGUCUCUCCCCGCUGCAUGGCAGGGAUUUCCUCAGCACCUCCUCACGUGCACGCUCCGAUUCCCGUUUUCCAGGUGCAGCCCGGCAAGGAGAGGCUGUUCUCUCUCCUGCCUCCACACAGCGCGUGGGCUCCUCCCCAACACUGCCGCUGACAGGAGCUUUACCAAGCUGAGGAUGCAGGGCUGGAGUGGACCAGGCCAACCGARCCGCCAAGCGCGCUGACAUAAGAAGGAAGGAGCCGCUUCCCGCAGCUGCRGCCAGUUCCUGCAGGACCACGGCCCCGCACAGCCGCAGCGAGCGGCGGGCACUGACAGCUCACRCAUCAUCCGCAGCGAGGCAGCGAUGCCCGGCACCCUCCUCUUGCUGCUGCUGGCGCUGCCCGGGCCUGGCUCGCCGCUGAGCGCACCCAACACCAGCGGCGCCGUCAUCGGCGCGCUCRAGAGAGCGACCGUCUUCAUGGAGAGUCAGUAUCGGGCCCUCAACUUGGACGCGGUGUUGGGAUUUCAUAUCCUGCAAGGUUAUUUGAAAGGAGUCCUAGAAAAAUGGUCCUCAGCACACGAAUCGCUUCCUCACCGUGCCCGAGUUGAAAUCUUGCUGGGGAAGUUGUCUUCUCUGAUUGAAAAAGCAACACAUUUUCUAGAAAAGAAUGACCCCAAAUAUUUCAGAGAAUUUGAACCAAUAUUAGGACCACAUUUUUGGCUCUUUCCUCAACUGUGGAACCAAACCGAUUCCUUGCUGGCCUACACUACAUUUGACAAGAAGAAGUGCCUUACAGAAGAAAUGAGCGACUCAUGUUUGACAUAUUUGCUGGGAACAUGGAAAGAAAACGGCAAGCCCUGCAUCGUCACAAACACCUGCAGAAACAUAAUGACAAAGCCUGGUUGCUCAGAUUACUCCCUGUCUCAUCAGCUUUUUUACUUUAUGUUUGCUGACAUGAAAGGAUGCUCAAAUCACCUGUUCCUGAGGGCCCAGUAUUACAAGAAUAUUUUCUGUGCUAACAUGAUGAAAAUAAACCUUGCAAUUGAAAGCAACGGAUUCAAGUUUCCUUCUCAAGACCUCUUCAUGGAAAAUAUUAUGUUCUGUGGCAUGUCUGGUUUCUCUGACUUCUACCAGCACAGGUGGCUGGAGGCCAUUCUCAGUUGGCAGAAGUCUAAGGAAGGAUGCUUUGGAAAACCUAAUGAAGAUUUUGAACACAGCUCUGGAGGAGCAGAUCAAAAGCAUCUGCUCAGGAGAACUAAGAGAAGGGAGAAGUUGUUCACAGAUGGAUGUUCCUCUCACAGCACGGCUGUCGCGGUGGGAGCACUCGGGGGGUUCCUCUACUAUCAGUGCUGAGAGCGACGGUGCGUUACUGACUGUCACCCGCRAUGCUGCUUCCGCACACAGAGGAUCGACCGGCACUUGGUUUACACCAGUGCUCAUGGCAGGGGGAAAUGACUUUAAAUCACCAUCUUCUCUUGCAGUACAAGGAGCUGCCUCAUUUUCAGAGCUGAUGUUUAAUUACAGCAAUACUGAAUGCUCCCACACAAUGCUGUUUUUCCUGACAAGUUUCAGAGUAUCCCAGAGGGUCAGAAAUUAUUUCAGUGCAGCCCUGCUAUCACUGAACAUGUACAUUUUUAUCUAUGUCAAAUUCUACCAUUUCCAAAGAGAUCUUCAGCUUUAUUGGAGCUGGAUUAAUAUGCUGAUUAUUUCUGUGAUAAYGUAAUUUGCUGUGUCAAGCCUUGAUCCCUCUAGGUACUAAAUACCUUCAACACCUGCAUUGCACUGGAUUCUAGUAUACACACAUAAUCAGCAAUUUCCAACUAUUUURCAUUUGCUGAAAGCUGUUUUCUGGUGGAAAUGCAGAUGUCAAAAACAAACAGAAGUCUCCCGACACAAACAUUUAUAUUAUUUUGCCAACACCACAUAGAAGUAUUUCAUGAACCCUAAUGUGAAAAUCAUUAGGAUAAAGCCUUUCCUCAGGAGCUUGAAGCUUAGGUAGAUGCAGUGACCAUGGGUGAAAUAAAAUGUAUUACAUAGUGCCAAGAAUAAACAGUGUGUCUUUGCUUUUUAUUCAUAACAGASAGUUAUGAAUAAAAGAUGCUUUUCCACAGACCUCAAUGGCCACCCAAUCUGAAUGUUGCCAUAGCGGUAACCUGGUUAUUUUGCUCAUUUUUAAUUUCUGUUACCAGCAUUAAAAAAACAAAUGUUAGAUAUUUAACUUCCAGUAUAAUUCAGUUCUCCACCUUGCCUACCAGCAAACUUGUAGUAACGAUAAAACCUCUUAUAGCAUUUAACUAAUUCAACAAAUUGACUCAACAAGAUAGUAAAGGCUUGAAUGUUUGUUCAAGAUCAGGUAUGGAACGAAUCUUUUUCUAAUUAGAGAAACAAAAACUCAAGUCUUUUCAAAGGAAGAGCACUGUCCCAGAUCCCUAAGCUCCAUUCACACACACCCCUGGCAUUGUCAGCCACAUUCACRAAAACUUGUAGGUGACCCAUGCCUUGGGGAUCUCUUGUUCCAUCCUCUGUAUUUUAACUCUGCUAAAAUAUUCUCUGUAUUUAGGCUCUGCUAAAUGGCUAUAAUAAAUUAAAGC